AUGAGUAACAAGUCGGACUCAGAAGGCGUGGUCUAUACGGUGGAAGAGCUAGAAUGCAAGAUAUGCUAUAGCCGCUAUGAUGCACGCGCUCGCAAGCCUAAGUUACUGGCGUGCCUGCACCGUGUCUGUGCUCGGUGCCUCAAGAAGAUGGCCGAGAUGGAAUCGUCACCUGGUACCGUCAGCUGCCCAUUCUGCCGCCAUCAGACGCACGUGCCUGAUGAGGAAAUCUGGCUCCUGCAGGAUGACAGUAACAUCCUGGCCAUCCUCUCCUACCAGGAGCGAGUGAGGAAGAGUGGCUCAAUGCCUGUAGGUGAGGUUCUGCUCACCCCAAACAGUCUAAGUGGGGGAGAAAUAGGUGCAAGUGGAGAAGCAGGAGGAGGAGGAGAGCAGGCUCAUAGUUCCUCAGAUUGCCUGGUCAUCACCAUCAUGGAGGUUCCAGGCGAGUCAGCUUCACCCGACUCCACCGGCAUGCUGAACAUGGUGCGUCUGUAUCGACCGGCUAGCUUGGACUCGCUGCCAUGCCAUGUGCCUGUGCAGAAAUGGCGCGCGUGGACGUCGCACUCUGUGCCGCGUUUUGUCAUGGGCUUCCUCUGCCUGCUGUACUUCAGCUCGCUGCCCCUGGGCAUCUAUCUGCUCAUGAUUCAGCACCUCACACUGGGAGUGAUCCUGGUCAGCCUGGUCCCCUCUACCCUCGUCCUCUGCGUGUUCUACGGCUUCUGUCAGUGCCUGUGCCAUGAGAUCAUGGAGGCCAUUGCCACAUAGACACUGCAUAGUUGGUGUGUGAUUUGUCAGUCUUUAGACAGUGUGAACCAAGCCAAAAU